AUGAAUGUACAGUGGAUGCUUGAAUCGCGUGGGAUUUUUUCCGAUAUCCCUCCUGAUCCCCGGACCAAGGAGCAAAAUAAUCCCACUCUGCUCGUGAGCUGGUGGGCUACGGCUUUUUCGGUAGCCAUCAUCGUUGUCCGGGUUUGUGGUCGUUAUAUUCGGACCGAGCGUUUCUUCCGGGAAGAUAAGGUGAUGAUGCUGAGCGUCAUCCCGUUAUUGAUUCGCAUGGCAUGCGUGCAUGUCGUCUUGAUCUGGGGUACCAAUAAUACCAAGACCGUGGGCUUGUCUGCCGAAGACAUCCACCAUAGAGUCAUUGGCACUACUCUCGCUGAAUGCCAGCCCUUCGACCAUUACUGGCAAGUUGUGCCCGACCCAGGUCCACGUUGUCGCCUCGGCUAUGCCAACCUGAUAACAAUGGGAUCCUGCGAUGUGAUGACCGAUCUGCUCCUAGUCUCCUUCCCGAUUCCUUUCAUCGUGAUGACUCACAUGCCUCUGAAACGCAAAAUCUCCCUCGUGAUCCUGUUCGCUCUGUCUCUGAUUCUGGUUGGAAUCACAUGCUAUCGAGUGCCCUCAGUCAUCUGGAACGAUGGCUCACAGCAAUACCGAUCGCUUGUCGCGUCUUUGGAAAUCUUAGCCGCCACGGCGGUCUCAAACGCUGUCAUCAUAGGCUCAUUCGUGCGUGAUAGAGGUGCCAAAAAGAACAAAUUCAAAAAGGCUCAAGGAUCAGCCUCCGUCAGCGAAAGCAUGGAUCACAGCUCCGUGCGACGUCAAACCAUCACCCACCACCAGUGGGGAAGUGAUUCCGAUCUUGCUGCAGAUCUGGGUAUUCGACUGGACCCGUCAUUAUGUUCCGCAGACACGAAAACGCCCCGUCCUGCACCUAUUGCGAUGCCGAUCCAUCCACUGACAGCCCGUGCGGGAACUUUAGACCCCAACUGGUCCUUCAACCAGCGCUCUGGUGGCAGUGAAGACGACCAAGCCUCCAGCACGGGAAGCUUGGACAUCAAAGUCAGUCCGCACGAGUACAUUGAAACCAACAAGACACCGCGCAAAUCAUCCUCGACAGAUACCACCAACCUCCGGAUCUUCGAUGUCGGUAGCCUUCUAAACAAUCAUCCCCCGACCUCUCCCACCAGCGCCCCAACUCCGCAAUAUUCACAUUAUGCCAGCGGGGCAAGCAACGCCUUCGUUCAGGAUACUGGAGGACCAGCCCGAACACUUCAUCUCAAUACCACCUCCUCAUCCAUCCCGUCCCACCAAGUACCUCUUUCCUCCUCGCCCAACUUCUCCCGCCCAGGAGGUCUGCGCAGUAACUCCCAUUCGUCUUCUAAUCGCCGUCGCGGCUCCAGUGUCCACUUCAGUGAUCCUCCGGACUCACCCGUCCCUUCUUACCGCUCUCAGGCUGAUGUGUCAGCGCCUAUCAUGGAAGGGAACGAGGUUGAGCUCCAGGAUGUGGGGAGAUUGCUGUCCAGACGGUGA